UGCGCAGCUCAGUUGUAGACAGCAGGCAAUCGGAGAGAAGCUGCUGUGAAAGCUGCUGUAAAUUUCUGUGGGUGAUUUGCAGAUUUACACAUCUAUGGAUUCAUAAUACUCAUGACACGGAGCAUUGUUAGGUUUACGUGCUCGUAGACGGGUUUUAAUGUAAAAAGCUUGUUAUUUUGGGAAGUUAUAAACGCGUCGCUUGUGCGUAGCUCGAUCGUGAUCCAAAAUUAGCCCACGGAGGUUAUGUGUGGUUUUAAUGUCAAAUUUGAAUGUCAUCCUUGCACGGUGAGAUUGGCUUCGUGCAGCAGGAUGAUGAUCUGCGGGCGGCAGUUUUGAUGUGCCAGGGCUGCGAUGGAUCUCUGCGACCGUAGCGGUGAUCCGGCGGCCUCAUCGAGUGACGCGCGUGAGGACGAGAUGAAACGCGCCACUGCGAAGUCGCUCAUUGAGCGUUAUUUCUAUCAGCUGACGGACGGCUGCGGCAAUCCGACCUGCGACAACAAACAUUGCGCCUCCAGCGGUCAAGUAACUACCCUUUCGCCAAAUGAAGCGGCCGCUAAGGCGAUUCAGUUAUUCUCGGAAGAGGCACGCCUCUGCGACCCUCACCGUAACAAAAUGCCGCGAACCAACUUUCUGUCCGCUGGCGAUAACUCCGUGAUCAGUUCUAUACCAUGUAAUGAUAUGGCAGCUCCUAUCAGCUUGAAUGAUUCAGCCAGAAGUAGUCAGACCAAACAGGACAUCACCAUGGCUGAAGCAAUUCCCUACCUUACUGAAGACUCCCUAUAUGAGAUAAUAUCUGAGUGUGAAUCAAGUGAAAACUAUUCAAAACUAAUAAGGACAUUGGGAGAGGUGUUUAGUAGUAUUGAAUCCUUGGUGCGCAGUUUUCGACAGAGGGUUCUAAGCUCACCAAUUGACGCGAUACUAGACAAAACGGCCGGCGACCUAACAACACUUAAAAAGGAGGACGUGCGUUCACUGGAGGGCGAAAAAGACAAAGACGAAGAUAGUUGUGUAAGCGCGAUGUCUCCAGACUCGGCGGAGAAUCAGCGCUUGCCUUUGGAUUAUGCCGGACUGCGUAGGUCCUACUCUGCGCUACUCGAACGUCUGCCGAGUAAUAUCACUGAGAGCGCAAUGGUAAAUGCGCUUGUCACACUCGCCGGAUACUUGCAAAUGGAACUGCAGAAUCGCAACACAAAACUGUACUCAAAUGACGACAUUGUGCAUGUGCUCACGAUUAUCUACGAAAUUCCCGUGCUGGGUAACGGGGAUUUCUUGGAGACGGCAUUUCCGGCGCUAUGCAGGGCUACAAAGUGGAUAAAUGUUGAAGUGCAAGCAAAACUUGCACAAAUGUGGUCCAGCAGCAGGAAUUCAUCGUGUUUAAGUCUACUUUUGGAAAAUUUGCAACAAUUGGUCACGUUACGUGUUAUUUUGACGCAAUUUCAUCCGGACUUUUGUGUUCAGGAGGAAAAUGUUGUUACUGCUGCAACGAAACUUAUGAAAGUUGUGUACUAUGCGAAUAUUCUAGCUGGUGUUUUAGAAUCACCAAUCCUACGCCAAAAACCGGACAAAAAUUUAUGGACUGACCCGGAAGAUGAAUUAGCAUUAGAGUUAGGCGUGCAUCCAUUGGACUGUCGCAAACCACUGAUACCACUCACAGAGUUCUACAACGAGCCGCUCAGCGACGCCGUCGAAGUAGACAAAGACUUCUCCAACUACAAAUCGCCCUCACCUAACAAGUUCAGUUUCCUUCUAUAUCCGUUCAUAUUAACGCCGGCCACAAAAGCACUCGGGCUUUACUACGACAACAGAAUACGAAUGUUUUCCGAGCGACGUUUCAGUUUCCUACAGAGUGUCUCUGGCAAUCCUAGUAAUCCAUAUCUAAAACUAUGCGUCCGCCGGGAUCAUAUCGUCGAUGACGCGUUGGUGGAGCUAGAGAUGGUCUCGAUGGUAAAUCCAAUUGAUUUAAAAAAGCAACUCGUUGUCGAGUUUCAAGGCGAGCAGGGUAUCGACGAGGGUGGCGUCUCCAAGGAGUUCUUUCAGCUAGUCAUCGAAGAAAUUUUUAAUCCUGAUUACGGUAUGUUUGUAACACAGCCGGAAUCGCAAACCAUGUGGUUCAAUCCGAUGAGCUUUGAAACCGAAGCACAGUUUACACUCAUCGGCAUCGUGCUCGGCCUGGCGAUUUACAAUAAUGUUAUUUUGGCUGUCAACUUUCCGUUGGUGCUGUAUCGAAAGUUGAUGGGAAUCCUGGGCUCGUUUGAAGAUUUACAAGACUGGAAUCCAACGUUAUACAAUAGUCUUAAACAAUUGUUGGAAUACCCCGAUCCUGAUUUGGAAGAGGUGUUCAUGCAAACGUUUCGCGUCAGUUAUCAAGACGUCUUCGGUAACUUGAUGCACCAUGAUCUGGUAGAGUGUGGCGAUUCAGUCAGCGUCACGCCGGAGAACAAAUACGAGUUUGUUAAACUGUACGCGGACUACUUGCUGAACAAAUCGGUUGACAAACAGUUUACAGCGUUCUACAAGGGCUUCCAAAUGGUUACAGGCGAAUCGCCGUUGGAGCAAUUCUUCCGGCCUGAAGAAGUCGAGCUAUUAAUUUGUGGCAGCAAAAACUUCAACUUUGACGAAUUGGAAGACGCAACCGAGUAUGACGGCGGUUACACGCGUUUCACGAUGAUUGUCCGUAACUUUUGGCAGAUUGUGCACGCAUUUUCGAAUGAAGACAAACGUAAACUACUGCAGUUUGCCACUGGCAGUGAUCGCGUACCGAUUGGCGGGCUCAGUAAGCUGAAACUGGUGAUCGCGCGAAAUGGCCCAGAUUCGGAUCGCCUACCAACGGCGCAUACCUGCUUCAACGUACUACUCCUGCCGGAAUACCUCACCAAACAGAAACUGAAAGACCGCCUGCUCAAAGCGAUCAACUACUCGAAGGGCUUCGGAAUGCUGUAGACUCCCUGGCCGGAAACAAGUAAGCUAAGCAAACCACAAUGGAGAACAAUGAUUGCAUCUUAAAUAAUUUUACUGAAAACAGAGAAUUUAUCAGCUGCAAAUAAAACAAAUUGGAAUUCAUCUAUUUGCGAGGUGAGCAAAUAAAGAACAAAUCAAAACGAUUUUGUGCGUCUACUUGCGCUUGUGUAUAAUAUGUUUAGAUAAUUUAAUAAAGAUGUGUAUGUAAUUCAUACGUUUCUAACAUG